UUAGUGAGGCAGCCGAAGCUUACCCUUGUCUUGAAAUUAGUUUUCAUUUUUCGAAUAGAAUACAAGUCAAGAACUUUUCACUUUUAUGUUGGUUUUGUAAGCACUCUAGCUCUGUGUUGCGAUCUCAUUAGUAUCAUUAGCAAAAUUAUGGGGUUACUUAGCAGGACAGGGCCAUCUGGGUUCUCAGCCUCUUCCACAGCAGAGGAAGUUACUCAAGGGAUUGAUGGAACUGGUCUUACCGCCAUCGUUACAGGAACCACAAGCGGUCUUGGUUUAGAGACAUCGCGUGUUCUUGCAUUGCGUGGUGUCCAUGUAGUUAUGGCAGUAAGGAACACAAAUGCAGGGGAAAAUGUCAAAGAAGCAAUCCUUAAAGAAAUCCCCAAUGCUAGAGUUGAUGUUAUGGAGUUAGAUCUCAGCUCAUUGGCAUCUGUAAGAAAGUUUGGAGAAGAGUAUAAUUCCUUAGGCCUUCCACUGAACAUCCUUAUUAAUAAUGCAGGGGUUGUAACACCAUUCAAGCUUUCUCAAGACAAUAUAGAGCUCCAUUUUGCAACUAAUCACUUAGGGCACUUUCUUCUCACAAAUCUUUUGUUGGAGACAAUGAAACGCACAUCGCGAGAAAGCAACAAAGAGGGAAGAAUUGUAAAUUUAUCGUCAAUGGGCCAUCAAUAUGUGUACCGUGAAGGAAUUCGUUUUGAUAAAAUUAAUGAGGAAUCAAGCUAUUACACAUAUUUGGCCUAUGGACAAUCCAAGCUUGCUAGUGUAUUACAUGCUAAUGAGCUUACAAGGCAUCUGAAGGCAGAAGGAGUAGAGAUCAUUGCUAAUUCUCUUCAUCCAGGAUUAAUCCAGACCAAUAUCGUGCGCUUUGAUGGCAUUUUGCAUUAUAUUGUGAAGGUGUUGGGUGUAUUUAUCAUUCCGUUCAUUAAAACUGUUCAGCAGGGUGCAGCAACCACAUGCUUUGUGGCACUCCAUCCACAAGUGAAGGGAGUAAGCGGCGAAUAUUUUACCGACUGUAACAUUGCCAAACCGAGCGAUCAGGCCAACGAUGCAGAUUUGGCUACCAAACUUUGGGAUUUUAGCUUGAGCUUGACUAAUCUCAAGUAGUAUAUGUACAAGGUUUUAAUGUCAACUUGCUGCACUGUUUCUCAUUGAAUCAACAAAUGUGUGAACAAAGUAAACUUGCAACUAAAAAUAUAUAUGUAGGGUAAACAAAAUAGUUAGUAGGGUGGCAAUAGCCGUACCCUUAAUAAUUUCUCUUAAUAAUUUGUGAGCAUGCAGAUUCUAUUAUUCAAGAUAUCAAAAC